AUCUAGCCUUAGGCUGCUAUUUUCCGGAUAUCCUCAGCCAGACUCGCCCACCUCCAAGGUGUUCUUGUGGACAUCGGCACCAGCCACAUCCUCGCCCUCUUGCACUGUGUGGCACCUUGUGCCAGGUAGGAAACCUGAAUGUCGUCCCUAGGAGAGUUUCCGGGCCGGCUGGAGUGGCCACGGGCAGAGGCAUGAGAGGGGUCAGUUCCAAACUGCCCAGAGGCCAAAUGAUGUCAUUCUAAGAGCCUACUUGGCUUGUCCUUUUGACUAGCAGUAGCAACAGCUGUCAUGGAAAUGGGCCAGGCUCCCUGGUACUUAACCCUUGGAAGGAACAGUAGUCAUCCGGGCUACAAGUAUCUCAAGAGUGGCUAUGACUCCUGAGAAGACAAAAACUCUGGAUCCCAGUCUGGGAGAUGGCCAGAAAUGGGGCCAAAGUGUCACAGCUAGCACAAUUCCCCUCAUUCUUCCCAAGAGAAUUUUGUAUUGAAGCUGUCCAAAAGGGGAGUUGGCUGCCUUGAGAAGCAGUGAGCUUCCUCUUACUAGGAACUUUCAAGCAAAUGAAUGGCCACUUAGUGAAUGUGUCAUAUUAGGGAUUCUUUAAUAGACGGUUUAAAGGCAAAGUCCUCUUUUUUUUACAUUUCUAAACUCCCUAACCAGCAAAAGAAUGAGGGAUUUUAAAGUGGAUGGUAUAAAUGGUAGUUGUGAAAUGGAAGAGGAAGAAAUGGGAGGUCAGCGCUAUAGAUUCACCAUUCUAAUUAAGUUUUCUAAAAACAGGUAUGAGCAUAAUCUAGGAAAAACAGUAUAAAUUCUCCCUUCCCCACCCCUCAUCCCCCCAAAAAUCUUGAGCUACUCUGAGACUUGGAAAGUGAUGUUUCUCUACCAUUUGUCACAUCUCUUAUUGCCAUUUGCUGCUUAUAUGUUAAAUUUCCAAUUUUCAAGAGAAAAUCUACUUUGCACCAUUUGAGAAGGGCUUAAGACAAUAAAGUCAAUUGGCUAAUUCUGACUAUGUGGCAGGUUAAGGAACAGAGAUUAGACUGAAGUAGUUGGGAAAGAUUACAUAGAAGUGUUUGGGGCCUUUAUCUGGACCUUAAAGGAGGGACAAGAUUUGGAAACAUUGGGAGAAGGCGGAAACAGCACGAGAAGUGUGGAAGUGGGGAUGUGCCUGUUACUGGGAGCAGCUAAAGAUUCUAAGCUGCUGAAAGUUGUAUGUCCAGAAGCCCUGGAAGUUACAGUUCAGUAGCCAGAGUAAGUUAUGUAAGGCUUUGAAGGCUAAAGGAUUUCAACUGGAGGUGGGAUUGUGAAUUGUUGAUUCAAAAACUGUUGUUUUUGAAAAGAGUGAUAUGAGAAGAUUCAUAACAAUAGUGUUCACAGUCAUUUGGGAGAGAAACUAGAGGUAGCAUGGUUGACUGCUAUUAGGAUUGUUUCUUUGAAGUCAACCCUAAUCAUCAUUAUUCAGAGAAUAAAAUGUAAGAUUAAGGUGUCCGAACUAGAGAACAACAUAUUACCUAACCCUGAACUGGAAGAUGAACUAGAGAUCCCCAGGAUUCCAUGACCUCUGAGAGCUGGAGAUCCGUUGAAGGUCGUUGGGAGUUACAACUAAGAUGGAAGCUUCCGAUUUUAAAGAUGAUCAUUUAUUAAAGUUCAAGAAGAUUGGAAAUAAGUAUCCAGUAUCUGUGAUAAUCUUGGUGGUCGUUAUAUGGUUACAUACUAUGUGCUGCAAUGAAGUAAAGGACCGCCUCGUCAAUGAAAAUUACCUGCAACAAAUUUUCGAAGGUGCUAUGAUCGUCCUGGCUUUCACUGGCGCUACCUUCACAGACUCCUGGCUUGGAAAAUACAAUGCCCUCAUCGGAAGCAUCAUAUUCCUAAUAUUUACCCAGAUCACAAUCAUUGUGAAAGAAAGCCUGAUAAAAGACUUUUACAUUUCUUGGAUCUUUGACAUUUUUGGUUUAUUCUUUCUGUCUUUGGCCUUUUGUAUCCAGAUGUCCUGUGAGUAUUGUUUAGCUGGGGACCAGUUUCCAUUGUACCAGGUAAAGGAAAGGAAGAAGAUAUUCUCCUCCUUGUACCUGUCUACAACCUUUGGGAUCCUCUUUGCUGACAUCUUCGCCCACUUGAUUUGGGUAAGCAAGUGGUUCUCCAAAAGCUACUCCCUGUUACUCAGUGGCAUCCUAAUGGGCACUAUGAGUCUUAUCUUAGUGACGAUCUUAUGGUGUAAGAAAUUUUUCUUCAUAGAACAUCCCAAAGGGAGUGCCCUAUUGGAAAUUUUCAAGUGUAUCCUGUUUGCAAUGAAAAAUAAGCUAAUUCACUGUUCUUGGAAGACGCCUAAGAGAGAUCAUUGGCUAGAUUGGGCAUCAGAAAAGUACUCGGAGAAUAAUAUUAAGGCAGUGAAGCUUUUCUUUCGGCUGUUGCUCUUCAUCUUACCCUUUCCGAUUUUCUGGGCCUUGGUUAAUAAACAGGAAAGAAAAUGGGAUUACCAAGCAAUUCAGAUGAGCCAUAUUUUGCGUCGGCAUCAAGUAACGGAUGAAACCGUAGAGAACAUGUUUUCUGCUGUCAUCCUGUUCUUACUCUUUUUAAUGGAAUUGAUCCUCUUCCCCUUCAUGGAGCAGCUUGGAAUAAGCUUCUCAUUAAUAAAGAAAAUGGUGAUAGGGAUGCUCUUAAUUUUCUUCUCCAGCUUAGGAGCAUUAAUACUAGAAUUAAAAAUUCAGAAUUCUGCCGGCAUGAAACCUAACUCCAGGCAGAGCUUCUUGAAAGUCCUUAAUGUAGCUGAUAGUACAUUUGAUGUAAUCUUGUAUAAAAACAACAGCCACAAGACUACUAAAAUAAUCAUGGAUGAUAUGUAUCCAAAUUAUGACGCUAUAGAUUUGGACUCAGAUCAAGACGUUUUUCAGCUGCGUGUAUCUUCCUCUACAUGGUUCAAAAAAGAAGAGAUUCUCCUGGAGGAGAAGACAAUAUAUUUACUAAUUCUGAGUGGAAAGGAGACAUUAUACUCAAUCACCCUGAUGAAAGAAGACUAUGAAAAACCAGAGAAUGGACUUGCACAUGUGAGGAUUUUUAAUACUCUGGACAAAGAUAUUUAUAUCAUGUUGCUUGUAGACACCUUCAGGCUCCAGAAACACAAUGGAUACUCUCCACAGCUAAGCAUUAGGAUAAGCAGAAAGGUAAAUCUGUUUUAUAUGAUCGAGGAGAAGAAGGAGGUAUUACAGUUAAAAGCGGGACUGCUGAAAUUUGGAAGCUCGUAUCUGCUCUUCAUUAUUCAGCACGUUCCUGUAGUGAAGAUCCACAAAGUAAAGCUGGUGCAAGUCAAGUCUUUUUCCGUUGCGUGGCAAUUCCCACAAUUAUUUAUAAAGGACUUGGGAAGAUACUUUCUCACCAUUUCCUGCAUGGAGUUUUUCUACUAUGAGGCCCCAAAAGGCUUGAAAGUUACCAUGACGGCUUUGUGGACCAGCACCCUUUACAGCAGUUACAUAAUCAUGAAUUUUGUGUCCUACAUCUCCCUCCUGCCUGAGUGGAUUGAGUACUUUUUAAUCUCUUGCAUCCUAUUGAGUAUCAUCACUGCUUUUUUCAUCAUAAGCUAUUACUACAAAGAAAGCUAUAGAGAGAACCCGUCUUCUGAAUUCACAAUCAUUGGGAACAGAUGAAGAAAUUGUACAUUUGGCUCAGGUCCAUCAUCCCCAUCCUGGUCAUUUCCCCCUUCUGACCCUCCUAUGAUCAUUCUUUCUCUCCAGCUCUUCUCAAUAGUGCUACACAUUGGCUAGAGUCAAAUUCAUUUAACUCUGGUCAGAGUUUGUGUGCUUUGAAUGGAGAGGUUGGAGAGUCUGAUAUGGAAGAAAAGGUGGGAAGGAAGGGGGAAGAUGUUCCUCUCUCAUGAGAAGGAUGACUGAGAGAAAACUUCAGUCUCCCCAGAUGGGCAGAGUGUGUGUGGGGAGGGCAUCCGGUAAAGAACAGAGUAAAAGCAAAGAAACAUGA